AUGAGUGUGUUUGGGAAGAUAUUUGGCAGCGGUAGAAAACAGCAGGCACCAUCAGCGACUCCACAGGAAUCUAUACAAAAAUUGCGGGAAACCGAAGAAAUGCUGGUGAAGAAGCAAGAGUUUUUAGAGAAGAAAAUAGAAGCUGAAGUUGCAUCGGCAAGAAAACAUGGAACGAAAAACAAACGAUUGGCUUUGCAUGCGUUGAAACGGAAGAAACAAUUUGAGAAACAGUUACAACACAUUGAUGGUGUUUUAUCAACGAUUGAAUUCCAGCGAGAAGCUUUAGAAAAUGCAUCAACAAAUGCUGAAGUGUUACAAGUAAUGGGUUCUGCAGCGAAGGCGCUUAAAACAGCACAUAACGAUAUGGAUGUACACGACUUAAUGGAGGAUAUUGCGGAACAGCAAGAGGUUGCUAAUGAAAUUGCUGAAGCAAUUAGUAAUCCAGUUGGUUUUGGUCAAGAUGUGGAUGAAGAUGAAUUGCUGAAAGAACUGGAAGAACUGGAGCAGGAAGAGCUUGAUAAGCAGCUUCUAGAUGUUGGACCGACACCGGCAUCUGUAUCAGUUUUGCCUGAAGCACCAACAGCUAAACUUCCAGUCUCUGAAAAGAAGACUGCUACCAAAAAACAACAAGAGGAUGAUGACUUAGCCGAACUAGAAGCUUGGGCAAACGCUUGA